AGGAUUUUGGUUUCAAGUACACGCAAACCUAUCAGCUACAUCAAUCUUGCCAAGCGCUUCCUCCAGGAACAUGGCGAAGUGCAGCUCUCUGCACUGGGCAUAGCAGUGGCCCCAAUGGUCACCGUGGCAGAGAUCCUGAAGAACAGGCAACUGGCGGUGGAGAAGAAGCUGUGCACCUCCCUAGAGUCCUUGUCAGACGACUACAGGUGCAGACAUCCAUCCCCCUGCCUGCAGAAGCCCAAGAUGGACAUCAUACUGAUGAAGUCGCCAAACUUUGAUGACAUCAUCACCCAGGAGAGCCAGGGCGCUUCGGGGGCUGCUGGCAGUGACGUGGCGGAGGAG